GUCAACAUGGCGCAGAUGUUGGUACCGCUGAAAUGCGGCUUUCCCUUCCAAAGACGAAAAUUAGCGCUUCUGCUUCAACAGACGAGCUCAUAUCAUAUUUGGAAUAAAAGUCGCUGUGAAAAUGGGACGGACCAUAAACGCCAAAGUACAUAUCUACUGAGUUGCCCUCCACACCUACGAACAGCUACAUGGAGUACAAGUAGGAGCGAAAACAGUCGUCACAUUUUGGAGGCAGCAAAACAUUUGCAGAUUACAGACAAAAGAACAUGUUGGCACGGAAAUGCAGGAGGGCGGCUAAAUGCAGAUCCAAAAAAUGUGCUGAAGGAGGUGAAUUCAGCCCAGAUCCUGUCUGCAAUGCUGUCUUAUGUGUGGCCAAAGAAUAGACCAGACCUGCGAGCCCGUGUUGCCAUCUCUCUGGGUUUGCUCGCUGGAGCCAAGAUCACCAAUGUGACGGUGCCCUUCAUGUUUAAGUAUGCAGUGGACGAGCUUAACCAGAUGUCGGGACACAUGCUGAACCUGAAUGACGCGCCAAGCACUGUGGCUACCAUGGCAACGGCCGUGCUGAUUGGCUAUGGCGCAUCACGGGCUUGUGCAGCCCUCUUCAACGAGCUGAGGAACACUGUGUUCGGCAAGGUGGCCCAGAACUCCAUCCGACGCAUCGCCAAGAACGUCUUCCUCCACUUGCACAAUCUUGAUCUGGGUUUCCAUCUCAGCCGCCAGACCGGAGCGCUGUCCAAGGCCAUCGACCGUGGCACACGGGGCAUCUCAUUUGUCCUCAGUGCACUCGUCUUCAACCUAGGACCCACAGUCUUCGAGAUGGGCCUCGUCAGUGCUAUUUUGUAUUACAAGUGUGGUGGACAGUUUGCAGCAGUGGCCUUGGGUACCUUAUCAGCAUACACCCUCUUCACCAUUCUCUUCACUCAGUGGAGGACUCGUUUCCGGAUAGAAAUGAACAAAGCAGACAAUGAAGCCGGCAACGCAGCUAUUGACUCCCUCCUUAACUAUGAGACUGUUAAGUACUUCAACAAUGAGAAGUAUGAAGCUGAAAGGUAUGAUGGAUUCCUGAAGACCUAUGAGUCAUCCUCUUUAAAAACCACGUCCACGCUGGCCUUGCUCAACUUUGGCCAAAGUGCCAUCUUCAGUGUCGGCCUCACUGGCAUCAUGUUGCUGGCCAGCAAGGGCAUUGCAGCAGGUACGAUGACCGUGGGAGACCUGGUGAUGGUGAACGGCCUUCUCUUCCAGCUCUCCCUCCCCCUCAACUUCCUGGGUACAGUGUACAGAGAGACCAGGCAGGCCCUAAUAGACAUGAACACUCUUUUCACCCUGCUCAACGUCGACACCAAGAUCAAGGAGAGGGAUCUUGCCCCACCAUUAACCAUCGCACCGCAGGAGGCCACCAUCCGCUUCGAGGACGUCUAUUUCGAAUACCUGGAGGGCCAGAAAGUCUUAAAUGGAGUGUCCUUCGAAGUUCCUGCUGGGAAAAAGGUGGCAAUAGUAGGUGGCAGCGGGUCAGGGAAGAGCACCAUUGUGCGGCUGUUGUUCCGCUUCUAUGAGCCCCAGCGGGGGAACAUCUACAUAGCGGGGCAGAAUAUCCGAGAUGUCAGCCUUGACAGCCUGAGGAAGUCUUUGGGGGUCGUACCUCAGGAUGCCGUUCUGUUCCACAACACCAUCUUCUACAACCUGCAGUACGGGAAGAUCAACGCUACACCAGAGGAGGUGUACCAAGUGGCGCGUCUAGCAGGCAUCCAUGAUGCUAUCCUCAGGAUGCCCCAUGGCUAUGACACCCAGGUUGGGGAACGGGGCCUCAAGCUGUCAGGAGGGGAGAAGCAACGUGUCGCCAUCGCCCGCGCAAUACUAAAGAAUCCACCCAUCCUCCUGUAUGACGAAGCAACAUCCUCCCUCGACUCUAUCACAGAAGAGAAUAUCCUGAGUUCAAUGAAGGGGAUGGUGAAGGACAGGACAUCAGUGUUCAUCGCCCACAGGCUUUCCACAAUCGUAGACGCAGACGAGAUUAUAGUGCUCAAUGAGGGUAAAGUGGCAGAGCGUGGCAACCACCACACCCUGCUCAGCAUCCCAGGCAGCUUGUACGCAGACCUGUGGAACACCCAGAACAGCAAAAUCCUCAACAACGGCAAGAGCUUGCCCGAGCCGCCAGCUGAGCGCCUGUCUCAGAAGGAGGAGGAGAGGAAAAAAUUGCAGGAGGAGAUCCUGAACAGUGUUAAGGGCUGUGGGAACUGCUCCUGUUGAGAGAAGUUGCCACCUCCAUGUCCCUUCAUUCACAUGAUCUACGCUGGAAUCCGCUGGAGUCUGUGCAGUAUUGGGGAGGGAGCGGGGUAGGGGCCCCACUACCCACUCCCACUUCAGUCAAGCCCCUACCCAUGUGACUAUUCCUCCUCCUACUCAUGUGAAUAAAGACCACUGCUUGCCAAAGUGAAGAAGGAGGAGCAGAACAGGGAGCAAGUGUGUUUAGCACUGGCUGGUGUCCAGAGAUAGAGCUUCUAUGCCAGUUGCCUCAGCUGAAGCCAAGCAUAAGAGACCUUGUAUAUCACAUACGUGUGUUUAAGACAUCUGUUAGUCAACAUGGUAGCCCCCCCCUCCCCAUUUUUGACAUCAGGUUUAUUGACAUCUUCCAUUGCACUGGAAACAGAUGAGAGUACAUGUAAUGACUUACAUAUGCCUUGAUGUUGACACUAAAUUUGUACUGAUUUAAAUUGUUUUCAAAAUAAAUUUAACCUAUAGCAUUUUUAUAUCAAGGAUGUGUACAUAUUACGACUAAUUCUGCGAUUUAAGUGAUCAGAGUUUAAAUACUGAAUUUCAGAGAUUGUUUUGCAGUAUGUGUUUGUUUGAAGAACACUAUUUCAUAAAGCAGGACUCAUGAACAUACAAAAUAGCUCCGCAGGGAAUUAGCAGCAUGUCACAAUCACAUUCAUGUAAACAUAACACCCUGAGAAUGACAGGAAGUGACUCAAAUAAAUCAUGAAUGGUUUCCACCACAAUUGGAGCCACAUAAAGAGGCAACAACUUGAAAAGCCUCCUGUGGGAACAUUUUGCAGUCAUAUCAUUUAGCCUUGGUUGACGGGCCUCUUCUAAUGAAAAGUUUUAACAGUGCUAAGACAGCUUUUUGGAUUGUAUGAUCAGAAUAUAAAGACAGUACAUGUAUGUCCUCAUUUUCUGAGGGCUGUUUUGGCUCUGGUAUGGACAUUUUGUUAGGAAUGUUGGUAUGGUAUUGUAUCUUUAAAUGAAACAAAUAUUAGUCGGGUGUCUUGUACUAUACACACAAUGUGAAGCCUGUUUCAUAGUAUUCUGGAUUAUGUUGACUGUGUCAGUACACUGCAGACAGAUUAAUAAAUGUUGGCUUUUGUCUAAAUAA